CAUUGAACAUACAGUAAAAUACAGCAUGAAGUGAAAAUAAGUGUACUAUGAUUGCAAGCUCAAACAGACUGUCUCUUUUCUCUCAAUAGAAGCCCAGCAUUUAGUAGUACCAAAUUUCUAGUCAGGUCAGACACUACACCAUCAAAUCAUUGUCUUUGUUAAAGGUUGUAGGGGCACAUUAAGUUGUCUAUGCUUACAGCUGUGCUUGGCUACAGUCCACAGAUCACUCUUUGCAAUGACUGAACCUAAAACCUUUUGACUUUAACCAGACAAGAUCUAUAACAACAGAACUGGGGCAUGGGAAUUGUCUCGUACAGUUGUAGCAGUGUUGGCAACACCAACGUCAUGGUUCCCAUGGAAUGCAUGAAUUGAUAUAAUGUCUGAAUCAGUGGCGUGCACAAGUUGGGGUUCGAGCCCCUGCCCCUUUAAUCGCAGACACUAAAGUACCCUUUCGGUCCUCGAUUUCUUGACUUCACACUUUUGGCGCUUUCCCACUGCAUGGUAUGACACAGUAUGGCUCAAAACACUUCUCUUUUGUGGGUGUUCCACUGGGCACAGUACCUGGUACUUUUUUAAGUGCCACCUCGGUUGAGGUUCAAAGUGAACCGUACCAUUAACAUCAACAAAACUUGACGUGUAAACUCUGCUGAUCACAGAUUGGCAGAAGAGAAUCAUUACUAUCUGCGUCACUGAACUUGCGACACAAACUCAAAAGAACUGAAGCCAGCAAAGGAUCGGACACAACUGUUUUGAAUGAACACACCUUUUUUGUUGUUGUUGUCUGUCAUGGAAGUAUAGAUGUUCCUCUCCUUAAUAUCAGAGGAGCAGAUCCAACGAGAGCUUGAUGGGACGAUGUAGAAUGAACAAGUUUUUUUUAGGAGUUGUGGCAGUAAUGGCAGCGCAACUAUAAGGGCCCUUCGCACCGCGUUAGUUCCAGAACUAAAUGUCCAUUACUAAAGUAUGGUUUUGCACAAACUAUUUCCCAGUACCAUUUAAAGGGUUGCAGCCAGUCAACAGUGACGUAAUUUGUUCACGGUGUUCAACAACGGAAAAAAAGAAGAACAACUUUAACAACAAAAGGAUGGAGGAUGCUGUGAUCAGAGCUGUGUUUUUGUUGUGACUUGCGGGUUUCACAGUAAUGGACAUGGAAUGUCGAUGUAUACGUAAAGCGAUUGUAAGAAUGGAAAGGAGGACUAAGAAUCUCCAACAACAACUGGCAGUGCUACAUUUGCUACAAGUGCCUGCACUUCAGCGUCUGUCCAUCUAUCGCUGUUCAUCACACUUGCGAAAUAAGUUGGCACAAUGUAUACAGUAUGUUUACUUUGCAUUUUAAAUAAUGUCAGGUGAGGGCAUUUUCGGAGUCUGGCCAAUCAAUGUCUACUUACCUCACGGGGUAGUACCAGUUGUACUGGUUAGAACCUGCUCUGGAGUAGGAUUUAAUUUGGUUCUCGAAAAAGGCAGUCCGGUACUAAAAUUGCAUCCAAUUCCGGCAGUGCGAAAACCCCAAAAGGUAGUUCCACAAAUAGUUUUGGUUCCCGUGAUGCAAAAGGACCUUUUAACGACAUGUGAAUAAUCCCGCCCACUCUAAGGCUAUAAUAAACUGCAGUGAAAAUGCAAACCAUGCCAGGCCAUACCACACAGUGGAAAAGCACCAUUUGUUCCUUUGUUACCCCAAAUAUCUUUAAAGCACCCUUUUGCCUUUUGAUAUUAUACACUUUCACAUUCAUCCUCUCCUUCAGUGUGAAGUAAUUGUAAUAACUCUGCCUGAGGCAACAUUAAAGUCAGUCUCAUGGAGAAAUGACAAGCACUGUGAAAUAACAGUGAAGAAGGACUUUAUGCAUUUAUAUAACACAUCUCAUUUGAAGAUGUCAUACACAAUAUCGGCAUGUUCACAAAUGCUAAUUAACACAUCGGUGCAAACGACCAAAGAGAAGUUAUAUAAGAUUUAAGGAUAUUUUCAGACAUCUUAAAAGAAUUUAAAUAAAUAAUAAUAAUAAAAAAAAAGAUUAUUUGGACCUCAUUAAGAGACUGUUAUCCAGUCUCACAGAUUGCGCUAACCUGAUGGAAUUUGCUAAUUGGUGCUUUGAUAUUUCAUUCUCGUAUUUUGAGAGCUAAAUUAAUUUGGGGUUAAUAAGGGUUACCCAGAUAAAGACAGGACAUGAGUUAGGUUAGGGGAAGGAGAAGAAAUUGAUUCAGCAAAUGGAAAUAUCAGACAUCUGUUCAAUUUAAGCAAACUAUUCCAUUACCAAUUGAAGGACAAAUGAAAGACAGUCACAUGGAAAUUUGGAAAUCAAAUAUUGCAUAGCAAUUGGCAAAUUAACCACGAAUGAAUGGUUGUUUCACAGCCUCACAAAGUCCUACCCGAUACAUGUUUGCCAAACUCAAAUAAGCAUUCGGACAUUGAGGGUUUUCCCAUUACAGAAGUGUAUCAAUGGAAAAUUACCAGGGCUUUCUCAACCGGUAAGUGCCCAAGGGGGUGCAAACAAUGUUUGCUCUGUGACUUGUUCACAGUGUUACUCCCACUGCAGAGAUUUUCAGCCUUUUAAUUCCCCAAUACUCACUAACCAUAUAUGCGUGCCUGCACACAUCUGCCUACCCAUCCGCUUCACCUUCCCCUGGAAGUCUCAGACCAAGUCCUUUCAAAAAAAUUUUAUUUUCCACUGGGAACCAGGGCAGUGCUGCUCAGUGAGAAUUAAAAAAAGGAUUAAGGGUUCUGGCAAUAGAAGGUGGGCAGUGGCAAUAGAAGGUGGCAUUUGGGCACAGUUACAAGUCGCCGCUAUUGAUGCCAACCUGCUGGCGUGUUGGCACAGGAAAAUAAACACUGUACUGAGCUGAUGACAACCCUCACAUGAUUUGUUUUAGGGAUGCAUGAUAUUAGAUUUUGCCUAUAUUUUUCAUAUCAUUUAGGCAGAUAACCGAUUCUGAUAUAUAUUUCCUUUUAUUUAGAAACAAUACCAAGUCUCUCCUUUGCUGAAAUGAUAGACAAAUUAAUUUUUUUUAUUCGCCCAAAGUUGCAAAAACAAGUUGGAUGUAAAAUAGAGUAUUUCUGUGCCAAAUACACUCCUUCAGGGUUUCGGAAAAGAUUUUCAGAGCAUGGCCCUGUAUGACGCCAUAAAAGGUGGAAUUCCCUGUAUGGGCAAUUCUCCCGGAAGAGCACAUGCACAGCAAUCAAAGUGAAAGCAAGAGCGUGCACAUCAACGUGCUUCACUGGGGUUACAGAAGUCAUUGGCAGCGUUGCACAUUACACUACUACCAAAAAAUCAACAAUGUCACCAAAGAAGUGUGUUUUUGGUUAUGAGUGAAAGAUAACCUUGUUUAGCUUUCCAAAGAACCCAGCAUUAAAGUAACAGUGGAUACACUUUGUUUCUCUAGGGCAGCAAAUGAAUUGUAUGUUUGUUUGCUCUCUGCAUUUUGGUGAUGAAUGUUUUAUAAACAAAUUCAAUUCAAUCUAAGUCGAUCCAUUUUUUGUUCCUGUUUUACUUAUGUCGAUGUCACAGCUUGCAGACAGCCUCUAAGCAAAAGCUUUGCCUGCUCUUGAAUCUUUAGCUCCGCCCACGGCACGUCUCCAGGAGCUCGACUGUUUUUGGUUUGGUUUUUGUCGUUUUUGGUUUACAACUAAAGACUCUUUGGCGAUAUGAAGGAUGCAGUACUACUCCCUAGGUACUCCACUGGCAGAAAUUGUGUGUAUGUCCCCUUUAAAAUAUCAUUUGUAGAUUUAAUAUUAAUAGCUGGUCUAAAGGAAAAGAGCUGGAAAAAUUCAUAUUACAUAUUAAUGUUAUAUUUAAUAUAAAAAAUAUAAGUCUGUAUAUAUAAAAAUUAUUUAUGUGUCAUGAUUUCUUUUUAAUUCAUGGAAGCUAGUGCUUCUGACUUAAAAUCAAAACAGACUUGUGAUUUUAUGACCUCAAUUAUUGCAUGCUUUAUUCAGAAACACAAAUAUCUUAAUGUCAUUUGUCUAUUUAACUCUUCAUUUUAUUACAAUUAGGCCUACAGUGCCACCCUACAUGAAAAAAAGGCCUUAUCAGACGAGCAUUAGGACCUGGGGGUGACUGGCGCUGCUCCUGGUGCUGCUGCUGCUGCUGCUACACGUGCUAGUGACUAUAUCACUAUAUCAUGUCACAUCAGCGGCGUCAUUCUGUACAUUCUUUCCUAAAUUAAAUUCUGAAAUCCAAAAACAGUGAAUGUAAUCACCAUUCAUGCGAAAGUUUGCUUCAAGAUUGACCACACUGCUGAUGGGAUCUUAUCACUAGCACAUUCUGAGCACAUCUCUGAGGAUGAAGAUUGAAAACAGCCUCCCCUGCUCUCAGCUCCCUGAGGCCCCUCCUCAGACCGGGCUCCAUUUUACAGUGGCAACGGAGGAGGACUUUGAUGACAUCAUGGCUAUGAGUAAGGAUAUCUAUGGCGGCCUGGACUAUCUUCCCUCCCGCUAUCAAGCCUGGCUGCAGGAGAGCAACCGCACUGUCGUUUUGGCUCGCAAGCAAGGCAAAGUGAUUGCACUGGAGUCGGUGUGUGUUAUUGAUGAUGGGGAGACCAUGCUGGUGGAAGGGCUUCGUGUUGCCCCUCAGGAGAGGGGGAAAGGUGUUGCAGGGGUACUUCUUCGGUUUUGCUCUCAACUGGUUAAGUCCAAGUACCCUGACGUUAAAGUCAGCAGGCUGACAAGAGAUGACCAGCUGGGGCCAAAAGACUUCCAGAAGUACCGGCUCAUAACCAAACAGGGAAUCCUCCUGGUGCGCUUCCGUGCUGAAGACCUAAAAUUACGCCUUGCUGAUCUUGGGCCUAAUAUCACUGUAGCGGGGGAGGGUCUGUCCACCACAAACAUCCCGAUCCGUUUGGAGCCAGCAGAGGUGCAUCAGCUCUUCCUAAGCGAUGUUCUAAUGAAGCGUGUCCUUCCCAAUGCCACCAUCGUUCAAGAUUGGCAGCCUUUCAAGCCUCUGCCUAGCAACAUGGCCAUCCUGCUGAAGAAGGAUAUUGAUUGGAUGGUUGAUGAUUCCCGGCGCCCAACCAUGGCCAGCUUGUGCACCUUCCCAUUCCAUGUGCCAAUUGGUGAUGACUGGUACUACCUCAACAUCGAUAUGUUUGGUAAAGACCUGACACUGGCCAUACAACAGCUGUUGUGCCACCUGAGGUGCCACACUGGCACUCUGAAGGGUUACGUCAUGUGUCAGGUGUUCCUGGAGCCUGCGCUGUGGAAGCCUAUGGCUGAUUUCUUUAGGGAAACCCUUAAAGUGGAGCUGGUGAAGGAAUACACAGAGCAGUGUGUUGUGGAGUCUGAUGUCGUUUAGUCGAGGAGCAUCAGAAACACCUUACCUUAAAAUUAGACACCAAACCUACAUAAACUUAAGGAACUUUAAUAUCUCCGUCAAAUAUAGCAACUAAAAGAAACAAAAAAACACCUAAUAUGUCUACUAUAAAGGGACAAAAAAAACUUCAGUUCUAUUCCGCUUAAUGAAAUUGCUCUCAUAGGUUUUAAUUUAUUUUAACACCAAUUAAUUUAAAAAAGGCAUGCAAGUGAACAAACUAGAAUAAAAGCAGUAGACGCUUGUUUAGGUUACUUCAUUUAUUUCCAUAAGCAGUACUGUAAAUGGUGGCGCUGAAUGGAGAGGGACUGGAAAAGAGGAAAGCAGUUUCAGAUUCUGUAAAAUAGGGACCCAAAUUGUUCCAGGCCCUUUCAUUUCUGUCAGCAUCACUGACAGUGAAAGCAUAUUUACUCAUGCUGAGUUGAAAAGAAAACUGCACAAACUUUAGGGCACUUUAUGAUAAAAAAUGGGGUCACACUUUAGUGUCUGUUGCUCUUUCAGAAUGUGGCACUGUAGCUGCUAGGGUAUUUAGAGGAAAAUCAAAAAAACAAAAUUUUUAGGACUAUAUAACAGACUGUCCAAAAUAUGGAGACCAAAAUUGUCUUUAAAGGCAGUUUUAAUUAUCCUGAAAAUACAAAAAAUUUCCACAUAGGGAAACAUUUUAUUUCAGACUUUCUAAUGUGUGACCCAGGACCACAAAACCAGUCAUAAGGGUCAAUUUUUCAAAAUUGAGAUUUAUACAUCAUCUGAAAGCUGAAUAAAUAAGAUUUCCAUUGAUAUAUGGUUUAUUAUUAAGAUCGGACAAUAUUUGGCCGAGAUACGACUAUUUGAAAAUCUGGAAUCUGAGGGUGCAAAACAAAUCGAAAUAAUGAGAAAAUCUGGUUUUGUGCUCCAAGGUCACCUAUGCUCCUUGAAAAAUUAGUAGUACUUCCUCUAAAGGUACUUUGCAGUGCUUUAAACUCUGUAUAAAAUGAUAAAUGUCUGGCUAAGAACUUGCUUAUACAUUUAGAUUACAGUCUCAAGUUUUUGCUUUAAGUACUUGAACCUGUUUGUUAAAAUGACGUUCUAUCAGUAUUUGUACCUAACUGUAGAAGUGCAGUUGUGAUAAUACACUGGAAUAUUGCUUGAAGUACAUACAGUUAGAUAUGAUUAAUAACUAAUAAUGGAACAGGCAUGUAUAAUUGUUUAAAAUUUUUAUAAAUUGACUGUUUGAUAGGAUCACAUUUAAACACAAAAGGAAAUAUAAUUAGGGAUAAAUACGGUAUAUAUAAUUAAAUGUUUAAAUGUUGUUAUAGUUCAUUAUAAAUAAUUUAGUUUAGAAUUUAACUGAGACAUCACUAUGUAGUGAUUUUGUUACAUCAUAUACAUUUCAUAAGAAACAUGAUCUUAAGGAAAUUCCUCUGAAUCUGGUGCUCCAAUAAAAAAAAAUAAUAAUAAUUACAUUAAAUUAAAUCUUCAGCUGACUUAGUGUGAUCCACCCAUGGAAAUCAGUAAAACGAAUCAGGACGAUUGGAAACCUUAGCAAAACAAGUGACAACUGCUCAUCUCUAUGAAGAGUUUGUGAAUUUCUUGAAGUGAUAUUUUGAAGUUAAAAGACGGACACGAUCUGCCAGUGGAAAAAAACGAAGGAAGUCAACAUAAUGCAGAAGAUAAAGGACAUCUCCUUCUGAUGGCCUGAAAUGAAGAAAGUAAAGUGAAAUACAACCAAGAUGAAUAAAGAAGAACAGAAAGACAUGUUUAUAACCAUAUUUAUUUUGCCCCAAACCCAGAUUUCACGUUGCUUUUUUCCUGAAGCACUGUGUCAGAAUGAGAGAGAGAGACAGUCCACACGAGCAAAUGCAUCAUUCUUUAUUUCUUAAAUGGUUACAUUUUGGUAAUAAUUAGGAGGAUCACUGGAAACAAAAGUUCAAUUAAUUUAAUAGGAAACGCCGUACCACGUGUAGUUUAAGAACUCACAAUUUGUCGUACAGAUUUGAAUCUAAAUCUGUAUCCGCUAAACUAAAACCAAGAACUGUAUUCUUUUUACUAACUAUGUGUCUGGUUUGACUUCAUUUGGUGGAGUUAUUUUGUGCCCUUGUAUGAACUCUCAACAUCCGGCGAAAAGGAGGCCUCCUCUCCUUCAUUUGGACAGAUGCAUGUGGGACUUGUAAUGCGGUCAGUAUUUAUACAUGGUCUUUUUUUGAUUCUGAAAUUCAAGGCAUUUUACAGAUCAUUAACUUUAAUUCUAAUGACAGUUUAUCUCAUUUGUAUAGGUGUACAUAUAUACAUUUAUAUGUUUGUUUGGGACGGGGAUUCUAUGAUAAGGGACUCUUUGUUAAAAAAAUCUUUCAUGGCUGAAAUCUCAAAAUCCUUCAUGUCUGCCAUGUGCUUUCAGAGGAAAUCAGUCAGUUUUCUCAAAAUAAAAAGUGUCUGUUGGCCUUCAAAAAGCUACAAAUGAUGUAAGUAAUAGUGAAGCGUCCCUGAUAUGCUUUUAUUAAUUUGUCUUUUUCUCCGUCUAAAGCACUCGUCAUCCAGACAUGAUGGAUUAAAGACUCUAAAUGUGUAUGUUAUGUGUUUCUGUCGUACAUAGUGCAGUGCAUUUAGAUUGAAGUCUUAUUCACUCACUGGCCUCUAUAUUUAGCGGCUACAUUUGCUAAUCCAGUAAUCGUUUAAGAAUAUUUCUACGUUUCAAUAUUUCAGCUCCACCUUUUAACACUUUGGAUGUCUAAUGGCUGAGUAUUAGUGAAUUGUGCCGGAGGUUGUAACUCUAUGUUUUACACAGGUCCUAAAGAUUAGAGGCAUGUGACCACCUGAUGGUGAAGAGAUGUAAAGGAUAUGUUACCCCUUGUUUCGCUGAACUUUAAACCCAUUUCUUUCAAUUAUGAGGUGGAUUUUCACUUUCUUUUUCUGGAACAGAAGGAGAUGAGAGAUGAAGCCAGGGCUAUUUUAGGAAUAGGUGGCGAGGAGAGGACGUGAUCCAGAUCAAGUUACGGCUCUAAAAAUGAGUAAACAUUCAUUUUGUAUUGUAAAGAUGACAACAGUUAGACUUGGAAUGAUUUAGAGCACUGUAAGUGACAAAAAAAGGGAAAGCGUCUUUAGGAAGAGAGGCCUUGUUUUAGUAACUAGCGGCUGCCCAGUGUUUAGGAGGACAACAUACGUAGACCAACCUAGACCAGGAUAUCUGUAUUUCCUAUACUCUGGUUUAUCAGACUCAGCAGUAAAGUAAUACCUUGAGUGCUAAGUCACAUGAAAGCAAAUAUAUUCAGACACUUGUUAUCCUGUGUGACUUUGGGCUAGUUAAAGUUUCAGAGCUCUGAGUAAGUGAAACUGGAUCUCGAGAGUGUCAUCUUGCGUAGAACAAGGGUUCACCCCAGAUUCCCUUUACCUUCCAUCUGAUCCCCGUCAGCUUGACACGUGGAAAUAGUGAGCAGGAAGGGUUAAAAUAAGAAGGCUGGGUUCCAGCCUUGUCAUAUGAAUGCACUGUCCUUUGCCACACUGCUCAGUACCUAUUCCUGAUUUUUAUGUUAUUUCACGAUGGCAUCUUUGUUGUUUUUCAUUGUCAUGACUGCUUUGUAAUGUUCAUAAAGGGUUUUAUGUGCAUUAGAAUCAGCUGUGUAUUGUAUGUUUUGUGAACGAGGGGAAAACCACCAGGGAGAUAGAUAUAUAUAUUUUUAUUCCAAGUCACUAUUUCAACCUUAAAACUUAACUGAAAGCCUUAUCCAGGUGAUAUCAGUUUUUUUUAUAGAACUUGCACUAUCAGAGCUCCAACUCUGCUUCUCCCUUCGUAGUUUUCCGUAGAAAAAACAUAUACUGUGUCUGUACACAAAUGCUUCUGAAAUGGCUAAAUCACACGGGUGUUUUCGCCCGUGUUGCACUAAGCUAUUUUGUUACAUUUAAUCUACAAAUCUAAUGCAGUAUUUGGAGGUAAAAUGCAACUACAUCCUAAUGCAAAUUGUAUUUUAUCUCAUGCCAUGUCAGAAUCAUUCAAAUCUGAUUGGAUUAACCAUUCAUCUAGCUGUUCUGAUGUGCUGCACUUUAUACUGUAGAUAUGUAGAUAUUCCAAAGCACAGUUGGGAUCUUCAUAAAACAUCAAUGUGGGUUGCUGUAACAGUCAUGGUCAUUCAGUGGAUCAUGCUAGAUAUAUUUUUUUUGUAAUCAGAAUAGGAGCAUGGGCCUAUCUGCGUAAUGUUUUUAAAUUCAAGGGUAUUUUUAGUGGUGUGCUCUUGACUUUAUAGACGUAAAUUAAGUUCCUGCUUAGUGACCAUUGUCUGAAAAACCCAUGCUGUACCUUUCUGAAACCGCUGAUGGACAUAUCUACCACUGUCAGCAAAGCAGGGACCAUGUUUUCUACAGACCUCAAGAAGGUAGUGGUUUGAAUGUCCAUGUCAUCCAUUCUCUUGAUGCAGCAGUGGCUGUUGAGUUUUUCACUCAAGUCUUCCCAUUAGCCCUAGAUACAAAGUGGGUGUCAUGUUUUGUGUGUUUGUGCAGAAUAUAUAUUUAAAAAAAAAACUAUGAUGGGAAACAAUUGCUUAGAAAUGAGAUUUCUAAAAAACAAAAACAAAAGAACUCAUGGCCAACUGUCAAUCAAGAGGGUGAAUACAGUUUCAAUGCUAUAAAGGCAUUUUGAUUAUAUGAUAAAUUGUUUUCCUUUUUUUAAGAUUUCUUUUUAUUAUUAUUACCCAAUAUGGCUGCUUAUUCUCAAGCAGUUAUGUGAAAAUGUUUUAAUAUUUUGUUACCUUUGUCUGUUAAUUAUUUUUUUCAAAGAUUGUGAGAGAUGCAGAACUAUUUUAAUACAGUAAUUUUUUAAAAAACCUUAUAAUUCAUGAGAGGUUUUUGAAAUGUGCAUGUUGUGUGAGUGGGUGAGGAAAGGCUUUACAAUGAGCAUGCGAUUAGAUUAACAUUGAGCACAAAGACCCUGUACCAAUAUCUAAACAUUUAAAACCUGUUAAAUUGGAAUUGGUGAUAAUUGACAAAUUAAGUCUAGACAGGGUAUUUGAAAAUAGGAGUAAACUUUUUUUUUUAGCCAUGAUACACAUUUUUAGAGACUUUCGGCUAUACUUCAUUUAUUGUAUAAAGGGGAUUUAAAAGUCUGAUCACUGAUAAUUUUGUUUCCUCUAUUUGCUUGCGGCAUUUUGUUGGAAUUGUGUGCAUCUCUAUAUACCUACUUCUUUGUAUGUUUUAAAAAAUAACUUGGCUUGAAUAUUUAAAUCUAAAAUAUAUAUUUAGAAAUGUUUCGAAAACCAGAAACUGUCACUUCUUAAAAUCAACAUUACAGCAACAUUCAUUAUGUGUAACCAGUGGUUUAACUAAAAAGGUAAUUAUAUGCUAGUAUUGCUAUUUUGUGUUUUUUCUUUUUUUUUAAUUUAUUUAAUUUUAAUUUUACCUCUUUUUUUUAUAGUUUUUCUUUUUAUUUAUUUAUUUAUUGAGUACAUUGUUAAAUUGAAUACAAAUCCUGGCCAGUACACUCAUUUUCAGAAAUUAUUAGCAAAAUUCAUUAAAUUCCCUAUUCUAUGAAUUUAAUUCAUUCAAUUUAAGUUUAAAUUUGCCUUUACUAAAUGUUAUGUACCAAUGAAUGUUAGUAUAGGAGAUGCUUGGAUGAUCCAGAAUCAGUUUAAAGUGUGACUAGUCAUAUGGUAUGAAGUAACCUUAUCUUAUUUAAGUAAUGGAUAUGCCACUGGCCAUGAGGUCUGUGUGCUGUUGCAUUUUUUUUUUCUUUUUUUUUUUACUGUAACAAACAAUAUGUAAAUAAUUGAUGUAACAACAUCUAGAUAACAUCUAAAGUCAGAGCUUUGUCUCUGCUGUCAAGUGUGACGAAUAAUUCUAUUUAUAGUUUCUCAAAGAUCACACUGAAUGCAGUAGAAAUCCAGGUGUGAACCCCAUGGAAACACAACUGUUUUCAUUCUGCCAUUUAAAAAAAGCCCAAACCAUAAGUUCAAGACACAGUCUUUGACAUAACCUAAAAUGUUGAAAUUCUGUAUACCAUUCAUUGAAACCCUUGACAUUUUUGGAGCUUAAAAACAGCUCAGUUUUUAUGACUGCAAUAUGUGAUGGAAAACAGUCACUGCAGUCUCUGAGUUUCUUGGUUAAUGUCAACCUUUUGUUGUGUUUUUGUAUUACUUUACCUUGUGCAUAAUCAUUUAAUCUUUUAAACAUUUUAACUAGUGUUAACUAUGUUGUUUGUCAUUAUCAUUGUAACACCUUAAGCAUAAUGAACUUUAUAAUUAAUGGCAACAUACUGUAUGUAAUGCAGUAAUUCUUUUGCAAGAAUGAAAAUAUGGCAGAUAACAAACAGCAUUUUAUGAGACCUGUGACUAAUAUUUUGUUGAUCAAAUGAAUUUGUAAAAGGACUGGUGAGGUUAAAGCCACUUGCUGUAGUUGCGAUGCAGUAUCAGGAUGAACGAAAUGUAUCUAAAUAGCAUAGCUUAGAUGUUAUUCGCAUAGUGAUGUUUUGAAUUGAUGUAUUAGAAUAAUUGUUUUACUUUCCAAAUUGUUAAUCAAAACUUAGUGUUAGAGAUAUUUGUGUGUGUGUUUACCUAACUGUAUAUUGUACUGUUUAGCAAUAAACAAACUAACAAACAAAAAAAAAAAAAGAAAAAAAGAGAGAAAAAAAUGAAAACAACCUUUAAACAAACAAGACAUAUAAUGAAUUCAAAAGCGUUAAAAAAGGAAGUGAAUGUUUUUGUCGAUUUUAAUUUGUAGUUAUUCUAAAAAAACAAAGUGAAAGCCAUACAUCAGGUUUUAUUCUUUAUAUGCAUCACAACGUGUAUUAUCAGAAAGCUCAGCAGAUGCUUUCAGAGUGACCUACACAUUACACAAUUCAUGUUACAGACAAACACCAGCUGACAUUACACAAUGCUUGCCAAGCACUCACCCAGAAGAAACUCCUUUUAACUCCAUUUUAAAUCUUUGAUAAGCUAUUAUUUUAUUAAUGUUCUCAAAAAUCAGCCCUUGCAACAUGUAAACCCUGUGCUGCACAGUGACAGUAUAUUAAAAUACUACUAUCCAUAUCCACUGUUAUCCAUUAAAUGUUUGCACCAUUAUAUUAUGGAGAACACAUGCACAGCCAGCACAUAAUGUAAAACAUUUUUUUGGCUUAUUAAGCAAAAAAGAUGCAGCUAAAGGGAAGAGCACUAUAGUAUAAAAUAAGUGAUUCAAACACAGUGCUAUGGAAGUCAAGCAAGGAUAAAUAUGCAUAUAUCAGGCAAUGACAAAUGGAGAAUGUGAGAAGCUACUUUGCUGAACUAUGCUGACAUGAAAAGCAGCUGUUACUGCAGCCUCACAUUACUGACCUUUAGUAUACUACUGCUGCACAAGAACAAUACAGUGUCUUAUUUUGACAUCAUGAGCAUUUCUAAAUAAAUUUAGGAGAAUGGGAAUAUCUCAAAUGUUUGGUAAAAUGGUGGCAGUCAACUUUAGACAGAAAAUGAGAGCUAGACAGCUGCUAAAGAUAGGUUUGAAGAAUUAAACCCAUGCCACCUGUUCUUGGAUUACAAUGAACAUUUCAGAAAUGCAUUGCACUCUAAUUCUGAUAAGUAAAGCAGAGGUCAGAUUAAAUAAAUUGAGUCUAGAAUUCUGACAUCACGACUGAUUCCUGGUGUUUUGGGGCUUACAUGGUUGGUUUUGGAGGAGUGACAUUUAUGAAGUGGUGAUUUAAUCACCUUUAUCAAUGUUCGCAAUUUUAUGAUGAAGAGAAAAGAGAACAUAUUUGAUCUGCUUUAUGAAUUAAGUGUGCCACAUAAAAAAAAUCCCAGUGAGGAAGUCUCAGUGGUGCGAAAAAGAAACAUCUACCCUUUCUGUUUUUAUGGUUGUAAUUUUAACUUUUCCUCCAAAACAUUAAUGAGGUGUUCAAAUCAAAAUAUAAUCAUAAUAUUGGACCUUCAUAACACUAAAUGUGGUAGGAUUACAAAGUAAAAAAAAAUAUUGUGAUAUGAGAUGGUACUGCGUGUACCAAUUAAAAAAACAAUGGCCUUUUGUGAGUUAUUGCAAUGUUCCAGACAUCACAACAUCACAGUGGAAUUUACUCGGUCUGUGUGUUCAUACUGCCAGCGUCAAAGUGGCCGGAAGUCAUUCAUGUUCAAUGUGAGCCAGCGUCGAGGAGCAGUGCGGCGUGACUUGGCCGUUGAGACUUCAGCUGUUUCCUUUUAUCUGCAGCCCUCUUCUACACUGCAAUGCACCGUGCUUCCCAUCCCCCUCUAUAGCUCUGCAUUGCAAGAAACAGUGUAGUCCAAUGCAGUGCUUUUUAAGUUCACAUUAUGCUGACAGUGGUUAGAAAGUCUGUGGAAACAUCAUUUAAAGCAGUAUUGUACAUCCGUGUGAGAGUAAAUGGUCAGUUAUGCCCUGCAUAAUAUAUAUUUACAACAACAUUUCUGCAAUAAAUAGUGUUAGUUAGCAUAUGAUCACAUGCUACACACAGUGCUUAAACCUCUGUAUGUACACCUGUCCAUCUGACAGAUGGGAAUGGGGGAAGGGUGGAGGAAGAAAGAGAUGGUAGGAGACAAAAUGGGUCAGAGGAAGAAGCAGAGGACGCACAUGUCUAAUAAAAAUAGAACGGAAAAUAAUCAAGCAGACUGGAUUUAAGAACAAAGCACAAAGCCACCGGGGGACGUUGACUGUUAAUUUUAGAUGUUAUUUUAAGCCAAUACAUUACAAGACAACAAAAUUAAAUGAAUCACAAUCUCGUAGCUAUGAAUCUUGAAUUAUGAAUAUACAUGAAAGCAAUAUCAGUGCGCCCAAAACAUCAUUCUGAAUUUGUGUGUGUAAAUGAAUGUACCCAGGUCUUCCUUCAAAUCUUUCUAUGGUAUAGACAAUGUUUUUAUUUAUUUUACUUUUUUUUACCAAAAGCUUUGAAUAGUCUUUAAGAGGAGCGGAUGUUAAUGGCUCAUAAAUAACUCAAAUGGAUUUAUUGAGGGUCAGAACAGGGCAAAGGCUUGUGUGUAAAAGACUGUGUGUGUCUGUGUAAGAAAGCAGGAGAGAGAGAGAGAGAGAGAGAAAGCGAACAACAGUGGACAUGGUGUGAACUGAGUGUAAAUUAGGACCAAAGCCAUUUAUAGGAGAAAAGUGACCUACAAAUGCACUAAAUGACCUGCUAAGAAUAUUGCUUUUCUUGCUGGAAAUUUUGCAUGGUCUAAACAUUGUAUUAUGAGCUCCAUUUACAUAUUGGUAACUUUAAAGCCUAAAAGGCAAUCCAGUCUUAAUCUGGAAAACAGACUAACAACAACAACAACAAACAGUUCAUGAUUUCUUUAAAAUACAUGCAACAUUUUAAAAUGUUAUAGCAUUGCUGCAAAAUAAAAUUGUUCUACAAUU